AUGGGUAUCAACGAGACUCUAUUUGGCGCCCAGCGUGGCUUACCUCUGCCAACCUCCUUUGGUCAAGUUCUGACUAUUCGUCUCAAAAGCCACGAUGAAGAGACCAAAAACGCAAUUCUCGACAUUGUGCGAAGCCUUGCACAAGAUGUUGCAACCAAUUACACCAAGUGCGGCCUUGUGGCUGCCUUUUGCCCCAAACUUUGGGGCUCGUGGACUGGACGCGACAUACCAAUUCACACAGAGAUUCUUGACCGCAAAAUCAAGUUCCGCAAUACGGGCGGCGAUGUUGUCCUUUAUAUCAAGGCCACAUCCAAGGAUCUAGCGGCCGAGAUUGUGAACAAAGUUGAGAAACGCCUUGAGGCCAUCUCCAUGACCAUUGACAAGGUCGUGGCCGGCAAACGAAAGGAUAUCCGCGUUGGCGGCGGGCGUUAUGUUGAUGGCAUCACCAAUCCUAACGAUCCCGUCAGCCUGGCUGAAGAUGUUCUCAUCAACAGCCCAGAAGAGUAUCGUGGUGCUAGCUUUGCCUUUACUCAAAAGUUCACCUUUGACUGGCCUCGCAUUGCCACUCAAAGUGGAGAUACUGAGGAUGAGAUGGUUGGUCGCAAUCCAGAUGGCGCUUCCCUGCCCCAGCAUGCGACUCACUCGCAUAUUCAUCGAGCUCACAUCAGAGACAAGAACCAAGACCAGCGAAAGAUUCUGCGUCAAGCACUGUCGUUUGGUAACAGUGGAGGUCACGCUGGCCGUGAGAAGGGACUUAUGUUUGUUGCGUUUUGCAAUGAACAGCCCCGCUUCGAGCACAUUCUCAAACAUCUGUUGGGCCAUGAGCCAGAAAAUCCACUUGAUAGAUUGAUGGAUGUCGUCAAGGCUCAUAGCGGUGGUUACUGGUAUGUUCCUGCUGCAAAGGAACUGGAUGUCCCUGCUGUGACGAGCCUCAACGAUGUAAUGGAAGAUUCUCACUGGGACGUUAGAAGCCCCAAUGGUUAUCUGUUUUACAACUCCCAGGACUACCUUCAUCAGAUGUCUCAAGGUCACUACAUAGGUGGUGAUCCUCCCAACGAUCGGCUCCUGAGCUUGCUUGGAAGGACAUUCUCCCAUUGGCGCGAUGGCUGGAUGGAUAAGCAGAACUUCCCGAGACUUCCUGAGCUGACUCACUUCUAUGACACCAAGGAGGACAAAGCCAAGGUCAUGAGUGAGCCUGUCCCAGUCCGUAAAGGUCUCGCAAAUCUCAAGACACUCACGCUGUCACUCUCGGACCCAGAGUCCAAAACAGCUCGUUUCAACAGCUUGCUUCGUAUUGAUCCCAAAGAGCUCAUCGUUGGCGUUAUUCCGGAUUUUACUCUGGGCCGCGGAAAAGAGGUUAUCCCAUACUUGUCGAAGGAGGAGACCAUGAAUGCUUGGCUCAAAGGUUCACUCAAUGAGUGGUCAGCCAUGGGCCAUGUAGUUCCAGACUAUGAGCGCCUCGUUCAAAAGGGCUUGGGCAAACUCCACGGCGAGCUACAAGCCAAAGCUGACAAUGCUAUCAAUGCCAAGCAGAAGUCCUUCUUCCGUUCCGCUCUCUUGUCUAUCAAAGGAGUGCAAGGCUACCUGCGCAACUGGACAAUCUUGGCACAAAAAGCAGCUGCUCACGCCUCGAAUGAAGAUGACAAGGCCAACAUGGAAGAUGUCUCCAAGCGAUUGGCACAUCUCGUCGAUCAUCCACCGAGAGACUUCCAAGAUGCAGUGCAGCUGGUCUUUUCCAUGCACUGUUGCCUGCAUCUCGUCGGCGAAUUGACUGCACUGGGCCGUCUGGACCAGAUACUUUGGCCAUUCUUGGAGAAGGACAGUAUCUCUUUGGGUCGUGCCCAAGAGAUUGUGGACUGUCUCUGGCUGAAGAUUGGAGAGAACGCCUUCGUCAAUCGUGCCUUUAUCUACGAUUACGUAUCAUAUGGAACUACAGCUGUCUGUGGCGUGGGCGGUAACUUUCCCCAGGGGGGUGGCAUCAAUCAAUGGGUCCAGCAAGUCACCGUCGGCGGUUACAAGGCGACAGAUAGUGAUACCCCAGAAGGCGGCGCCAAUGAGGUCACCAUGUUGUGUCUCAAGGCUUCGCGGCGUAUACCCGUCAAUGCCCCUACUCUGUCACUCCGUGUUUACAAGGACAUACCCGAAGAGUAUCUGGAUGAAGCUGCCAAAGCAAUCCUCGCUGGAGGUGCACAGCCAAUUCUCUAUAAUGACGACAAACUCUGCAAGGGCUUAAGGGAUUCGGAUCCCAACCUUGUCAGCACAGCUUGGUCAAGGAACUAUGCUGCUGAUGGCUGCUACGAACCCAUGUUCGCGGGAGCAUCAGAGUUCACCUUCAACAAUGUUCAGCCUAUGCUUGCUCUGGAACAAACCAUCAACCAAGGAGCGACCUAUGGUGCUGCUGGGCCCGAGAGUCUUCGUGGGCUGAAGCAAACCUUUCGAUCACUACCGGCGCACAAGAUCAAGACGUUCAAGCAGCUCCAAGACAUCUUCCUGGAACAACUGGAAUGGCUUGUUAUUCAGUGCUAUAAUGUCAUGUUGGAGAACUACGGGAACCUCGCUGAUAUAUGCCCAAGUCCUCUUCUGUCUGUCUUGAUUGACGGAUGUGUUGAGAAAGGCAUCGACCUGACCGAUGGCGGUGCUCGCUUUCACAUCAUGGCACCACUAUGUAUUGGGGUCUCCAAUACUAUUGACUCGCUGUUUGCUAUACAGAAGCUAGUGUACGAUGAAGACACUGCAAUGACUACGCUUCCUGAACUUGUCGACUGUCUCAUCAAUGACUGGGGUUUCAACAUGAUUGAACCUUUCCAGGAUCGUCACCUUGGCGCUGCUAGUGCGGCCCAGUAUGGCGUGCGAUACCAACAGCUGAGAGCUAUGGCGCUCGCGUUGCCGAAAUGGGGGAGUGGUGACGAGGAGGUCAACCGCCUUGGAGACUGGCUCACUGAGAAUCUCGUAAGACUUUGUGUCGAUAAGUUCAAGUCUCCAGCUCUGGACUCUCAGAAGGAAGGGAUUGCUAAAAACCACCCUGGCCAUGACAUAAAGUUCGUCAUCACUCCUGGCAUCGGCACUUUUGAAGGUUAUGUCGGCGACGGCGCGCCCUGCGGUGCCUCAGCCGACGGUCGCCGUAAUGGCAUGCCCAUUGCAUCUGACCUUUCUCCUGUCCCAGCAGCACAAGACCUCCCUCCCAAUCCUGCCUUCAGGAAUAUAUACCAAGCCAUGGAGAGCUAUAAAUCCGACGCUGUGACGUACGGGCUUUCGAACGCGUCGCCUGUAGACAUGAACAUCGAUGAAGCCUUUCCGCUUGAAGACUUGAAGAAGUUCGUCAAGCGCUACGCACAGGGAACAGUUGGCGGAAACCUGAUCACUCUUACUUGUGCAAACGUGAAGACCUAUGAAGAGGCGGUGAAAGAUCCGGAAAAGUAUAAUCUUCUGCGGGUCAGAAUGGGUGGAUGGACUGAAUUCUAUGCUACUAUGUUCCCCGAGCAUCAGGAUCAACACCAAAGACGACAAUACUUCGAGCCUUGA